AUGUGCUCCCGGGGGUCCUGCCACAGCCACGAAACCUCCUGCCACGAGUCCCGCUCGUCCUGCCACGACUCGGGGCCCUCCUGCCACUACACCCUCCAGAGGCAGCCGGUGCAGAAGUUCAGCUACGUGACCCCCUGCUGCCCCCCCGUGCAGAAUUAUUGCCCCCCCGUGCAGCCCUGUUACCCCCCCCUGCAGCGUUAUUGCCCCCCGGCCCCCUACUGCCCCCAGUACACCAAGAACAUCUGCAAGAUGCCACCAACGUACCCCAAAUAUUGACGGGAGGAUCCAGCCUGGACCCCCCGGCUCCUCCCGCCUCGGGUGCCCUCAGGGCCUGAAAUAUUGAAUUGAUGCUUCUCUUUUCCCAUCUCUGAUUUGAUCCUCGAAUUCCUCGUCUGUGAUUGGAAUCUCCUCCAAAAUAUGAGUCCAGUUUGGUUUCAUUUACUCAGCACAGA